UGUCCGCCGACUGCCAGAGACUGAGUCCCAGUCGUCGGCUUCUGAAGCUUCAGGCAGCGGCUGCGAGGACGACCUAGACUGCCUGGAGGGCUGUUGCGGAAGAGGCGACGAGCGCGCUGCAGGAACAGGCGGCUCCCCCUACUGUGCGUGUGUGUUUGUGGAGCAGCGGCGGUGAAAGAGCGGAUUAUUCCUGGCUUCGAGAAGUUAGUUAGCCGGGAGAAUGCAUUAUGAGGAGCCCUCUUCGCCGGCCUUGCAGAGACCGCGCUAUGGCUCUAUUGUGGAUGAUGCACGGCUUUCAGCGGAGGAAAUGGAUGAAAGGCGACGUCAGAAUAUCGCUUAUGAGUACUUAUGCCACCUAGAGGAAGCAAAAAGGUGGAUAGAAGUCUGUCUGAAUGAAGAGCUGCCACCAACUACUGAACUGGAAGAAGGAUUAAGGAAUGGUGUUUACCUUGCUAAAUUGGCAAAGUUUUUUGCACCUAAGCUAGUUUCUGACAAGAAGAUCUAUGAUAUGGAACAAGCACGUUAUAAGAAAUCAGGUCUUCAUUUCCGACACACAGAUAAUACUGUGCAAUGGUUAAGGGCAAUGGAGUCCAUCGGCCUGCCUAAAAUCUUCUAUCCAGAAACCACAGAUGUCUAUGAUAGGAAGAACAUACCUCGAAUGAUAUAUUGCAUCCAUGCACUAAGCCUUUACCUGUUUAAACUAGGAGUUGCUCCACAGAUCCAAGAUUUGCUGGGGAAAGUAGACUUUACAGAGGAAGAAAUCAAUAACAUGCGGAAGGAAUUGGAGAAAUAUGGUAUACAGAUGCCGUCAUUUAGUAAAAUUGGAGGCAUCCUGGCCAGUGAGCUUUCAGUGGAUGAAGCUGCGUUGCAUGCUGCAGUAAUUGCAAUUAAUGAAGCCAUUGAGAAAGGAGUAGCAGAUCAAACUAUCAAAACACUGAAAAAUCCCAAUGCUAUGUUAGUUAACGUGGACGAUAAUCUUGCCCAUGCGUAUCAGAAGGAGCUAUCAGAAGCUAAAAAGAGAAAAGAAGAGAAUGCAAGACUGAAGAAUGGCUCAAUUUUGGAGGAGGAAAGAGAUGUAUAUGAAGAGUUGCUAACACAAGCUGAGAUACAGGGAAACAUCAAUAAGGUCAACAUUCACGUGGCUUUAACCCAAGUGAACAAGGCUAUUGACAGGCAAGAUGAAGGGGCACUGAUGGCAGGCUUGACGAACUCUGCACUGAGCCUGCUUGAAGUUCUGCCGCAAAAUUCCUCAUGGUAUCUAGCACAGUUAAUUGACACUAAAGAGCAGAGGAUGCAGAUAGCGGGGGUUCCAAUUAUGUUCGACAAAAGUGAGAUACAGAACGAAGUUAGUGUUGCCAAUGAGGAAGCAGACUUUCGUAAAUUUAAACUUAUAGCAGUUGAUAGUAUCAACGCUGCAAUUCGUAACUGUGACCCCAGUAAGACAAUUGCUGCUCUAAUGAAACCUGAGGGUCAGUUGUGUGAUGUUUACCCAUCUGCUGCUAAUGUCUAUCAGACUGAACUCUUCAACCUUCAGCAACAGAAUGCUGCGAAAUACUUGGCUCAUGAUGAACUAUCUAUUGCUGUUGAAAUGCUAUCAGCAGUGGUGCUGCUAAACCAGGCUUUGGAAAGCAAGGACAUAGCGGCAGCAAAGAUUCAUCUCAGCAACCCAUGUGUUGGCUUUAAUAACCUGGAAGAAGAGAAUUUGCAGCGUUAUGCUGAUACCCUGAUGUCUAUUAAAUUAGAAGCGUCAUCUCAAGGACAAGAAUAUUUAAGCUGGAAUGAUAUUCAGAAUGCUAUUGAUAUGGUUAAUUCACAGAUUCAAGAGGAAAAUGACAGGAUUGUAGCAAUUGGACACAUUAAUGAAGCAAUUGAUCAGGGAGAUCCUACAAAAACAGUAGAAGCACUGCUACUCCCUACAGCAAAACUUCAUGGUGUGAAAGAAGCAAAUGCACAGCAUUACCAGGAUGUUCUGAAGAAUGCAAAAACACUCAAAUGCCAGGAAUUUCAUGAUGAUUCUUCAGUCCUUUGGCUGGAUGAGAUACAGAAAGGAAUUGAUGAUGCCAACACGAACUUAGAAGAUGCAUCAAAAUUGGCCACUGGGACAACAAUGAUAAACCAGUGUUUAGAAAAAGGUGAUUCUGCACAGAUAGUCACCAUCCUGCAGCCUCCUAACUUCAAUUUAAGAGCUGUCCCAGAGUGUGCUGAAACCUACUACAACAGUCUGUUGGAAGCCAAGAAUCUAAAAACCAAAGAUCCUGAUGAAGGCCCAUGGAUCAAAUUCUUAAUGCAAGGCAGCUAUGAGUAUUACUAUAAUGUGGAAACUGGAAAGGGAACUUGUGUACCACCUGAAGGAAUUGUGCCCAAAACAUCUUGGCUGACUGGUGAAGAGAUUCAGAAUAUUGUUGCCCAAAUUACAUCUGAUUACAACAGAGAACAGCUGUGGUUUGCAAAUGAGGACUUGAUCAUUCAGCUACAAGCUAAAGCAAGGGGAUUCCUUGUCAGGAAAAAAUAUAAGGAAAGAAAAGCGUAUCUCCAAAACCAGGAGCCAUCAGUGAUAAAGUUACAGGCAUCCUGGAAAGGUUAUAAGCAAAGGAAAACCUACUCUGAAAGACUUCAAAUGUUGCAAAGAAAUGUUGCUUCUGUUAUCAAGAUUCAAUCGUGGGUCAAAAUGUGGUUAGCAAGAAGAACAUACAAGAAACGGAUGCAAUAUUUCAAAGAUCAUAAUGAAGAAAUUGUGAAAAUCCAAGCCUUCCUUAAAGCAAACAAAGCUAGGGAAGACUACAGGACACUGACUGGUUCUGAAAAUCCUCCUUUGAAUGUCCUCCGCAAAUUUGCUUAUCUCAUGGAUCAGAGUGAUUUAGACUUCCAAGAAGAGCUAGAAGUAACAAGGUUAAGGGAGGAGGUGGUCACAAAUAUCCGAUCUAGUCAACAGCUGGAGAAAGAUCUGAACCUGAUGGAUAUCAAGAUAGGAUUGCUGGUUAAAAACAGAAUAACUCUGCAGGAUGUUGUAUCGCACAGCAAGAAGCUGAACAAAAAAAGCAAAAAUCAGGCAGAAGAGAUGGUGUCUGGAGAUAAGCAGGGCAUCAAAGGCUUGAGCAAAGAGAGGCGGAAGAAGCUGGAGGCCUAUCAACACUUGUUUUACCUUCUACAGACUAAUCCAACUUACCUGGCAAAGCUGAUCUUCCAGAUGCCCCAGAAUAAAUCCACCAAGUUUAUGGAUACAGUUAUCUUUACUUUGUACAACUAUGCUUCUAAUCAGCGAGAAGAAUACUUGCUUCUGAAGCUGUUUAAAACUGCUCUAGAAGAAGAAAUAAAUUCCAAAGUAGACCAGAUUCAAGAUAUUGUCACGGGAAAUCCUACAGUCAUCAAAAUGGUUGUUAGCUUUAAUCGAGGUGCUCGAGGGCAGAAUACUCUACGUCAGUUGUUGGCACCAGUGGUGAAAGACAUCAUGGAUGAUAAAUCUCUAGUCAUCAACACAAGUCCCGUGGAGGUCUACAAAGCAUGGGUGAACCAAUUAGAAAUGCAAACUGGAGAGGCCAGCAAAUUACCUUAUGAUGUAACAACAGAGCAAGCAUUGGCGCAUCCCGAAGUAGUGAAUCGACUGGAAUCUUCAAUUCAGAGCCUCAGAACAGUAACUGAUAAAGUCCUUGCUUCCAUAUUCUCCUCUCUGAACUUAAUGCCUUAUGGAAUGAGAUAUAUAUCCAAAGUUCUGAAGAACUCGCUCCAUGAGAAAUUCCCAGAGGCAACAGAAGAUGAGCUAUUGAAGAUCAUUGGAAAUCUCCUGUACUAUCGAUUUAUGAAUCCAGCCAUUGUUGCACCUGAUGGUUUUGACAUCAUAGACAUGACAGCUGGAGGCCAGAUCCAUUCUGAUCAGAGGAGAAAUUUGGGUUGUGUGGCCAAAGUCCUUCAACAUGCUGCCUCAAACAACCUCUUUGAAGGGGAGAAUGCACAUCUCUCAUCAAUGAACAGUUACCUCUCUCAGACAUAUGAGAAAUUCAGGAAUUUUUUUCAAGCAGCAUGUGGCGUUCCUGAACCUGAAGAAAAAUUCAAUAUUGAUGAAUACUCUGAUAUGGUGACACUAAGCAAGCCAGUUAUAUACAUUUCUAUUGAAGAAAUUAUCAACACACAUUCACUUUUGAUAGAGCACCAGGAUGCCAUUGCUCCUGACAAAAACGAUGUCUUAAAUGAGCUCCUGGAAGGGCUGGGGGAAGUUCCUGAUGUGGAGACGUUCCUUGGGGAAGGUGCUGUAGAUCCCAAUGACCCAAACAAGGAAAACACUUUAAGUCAGCUUGUGAAGACAGAAAUCUCUCUUUCACUGACCAGGAAGUAUGACUUACGGGAAGGUGAAGAACAAGAUAUUAAGGGCCUGAUGAUGAAGACAAAAAGGCUUAUUAUUGAUGUGAUCCGAACUCAGCCAGGAGAGACGCUUGUAAAAAUCCUGGAAACACCAGCAUCUGAAAUUCAGGAAGCUGAGCACUUAAAAAUAAUUGAAAAACGUGCAAUCUUGGAAUCUAAAACUCCAGAAAAAAUGAAACACAGUCAAUCUAUUCUUGAAGAAGGGCAGCUACCACUAGAACAAAAGAAAAGGAAAAUCCAGAGGAACCUCCGGACACUGGAACAGGCUGGACUGGUUUCAUCCGAAAAUAAGUACCAGGAAAUAAUCAAUGAAAUAGCAAAGGAUAUCAGAAAUCAACGAAGAUACAGACAGCAUCGAAAAGCAGAACUGGUGAAACUCCAGCAGACACUAAAUGCACUCAAUUCCAAGAAAGCGUUUUAUGAAGAUCAAAUAAAUUAUUACAACACUUAUAUCAAAACCUGUUUAGAUAACUUGACAAGAAAAAAUUCGCGGAGAUCAAUCAAAUUAAAUGGGAAACAAGAGGAGAAAGGAAACAAACUCAAGAACAUUUCACUGAAGUAUACAGCAGCUCGCCUGCAUGAAAAGGGGGUUAUACUAGGCAUUGAAGAACUUCAGCCUAACCAGUUUAAGAAUGUGAUGUUUGAAAUUACACCUGGUGAAGAAGUGGGUGACUUUGAUAUCAAAGCUAAAUUCUUGGGUGUGGAGAUGGAAAAGGUACAGCUCCAUUUUCAGGAUUUGCUUCAAAUGCAGUAUGAAGGUGUCUCUGUAAUGAAAAUGUUCGAUAAAGCAAAAGUAAAUGUAAACCUCCUCAUAUUCCUGCUGAACAAGAAAUUCUAUGGAAAAUGAAGCCUAAUCUUAUUGAACUCUGCUUCAAAUAAUCUGCAGUUAUGGGUCUUUGUGUUUUAACUAUUUGCUAUUAUACAGCAAGUGUUUCUUCAAGAAAGUCCAGAAGAAUGUACUUAUGUGCCUUUUUCAUCCUUUGAUAAAACAGUAGUAGCAUACAAAAAUAUGAAUCAACUGAAACACUUCCAGAUUUCUGUGGUGUAGGUACUCAAUUAAAAUGGAUAUGAUUUAGUGACAUUGAAACACUGUGUCUCUGAUCUCUUUAAAUAUGCAGGACAUAUAUUUGGACAGCAUAUAUAGAAUUACUUUCCCGCUAAAAAUUAUAUACCCCAAUUACCAAAUACAAUUCUCUUUUAGACAAUUAUCAUAGGGAAAAUAAAUCCUAAUUUGUGUCUCUACAGAAUACUUUUGGCAAAUGUUUCUUUAAAGCCUAUGGCUCUUUUCCAGAGAUCUGUCAAUUGUAAAGUGAAUUAUUGUGCAAUUCAAAGUUUUUAUAGGUAAUUAUAAAUUUAACAUUUACUGUAUAAAAUAUAUAUUUUGCAAUUCAUUCCUACUAAAAUGCACUACUGCCUCGGUGAAAUCUUAUAUACACAUCCUUUUAAUUUAUGUGUAAAGGGGCAAUUUGAAUAGUGAUCAAUUUUUUUGCAAUGUACUUGAGGUAUUUUAAAGAAAUAAAUUGUGCCUGUCUUUUUUGUAAGAAAAGAAAAAAAUCCACAAAUAAAAUGCAAUAAAUCAG